AUGGAUGAAUAUGAUUAUCUCUUCAAAGUGGUCUUAAUUGGUGAUUCUGGCGUUGGAAAAUCAAACUUGUUAAGCCGUUUUACGAGGAAUGAGUUUAAUUUAGAAUCAAAAUCAACUAUUGGCGUUGAAUUUGCUACAAGAAGUAUACAAGUAGACGGGAAAACAAUCAAGGCACAAAUAUGGGAUACUGCUGGUCAAGAGCGUUACAGGGCAAUUACAUCGGCAUAUUAUAGAGGUGCUGUAGGUGCGUUGUUAGUUUAUGAUAUUUCUAAACAAACUACGUUCGAAAAUAUUCAACGUUGGCUCAAAGAACUCCGGGAUCACGCUGAUUCAAAUAUUGUCAUCAUGUUGGUAGGAAACAAGAGCGAUUUAAGGCAUUUGCGUGCAGUAUCUACUGAAGAUGGUAAAAAUUUUUCAACUACUAAUGGUCUUUCUUUUAUUGAAACAUCGGCACUUGAUUCAACCAACGUAGAUUGUGCUUUUCAGGAUAUUUUAAAAAGUGUAUAUCAAUCAAUAUCAAUGAGAACACUUGAUUCAUCUGAAACUGUGGCGCGACCUACUGAUGGACAAACCAUCGUUGUUACACAGUCACAACAUGAACAAGGCAAAAUGUCCUCAAAGUGCUGUACAUAA